AUGGAUAUGGGCGGCUCUAGUUCCUCAAGCAUGGCCAUGGAUAUGACGGCCACCUCCAGUUCCUCGAUGAUGGACAUGACAGCUACCGCUUCGUCCAGCAUGUCGAUGGAUAUGUCGUCGUCGACCGACUCCUCAAUGGAUAUGGAGGGAAUGAACUCGUAUCUGGUCACCUCAUACAACAAGUACCCUGUCGUUUUCCACACGUUGCGCGCAUCGUCCGGAGGUGAAGCAUUUGGAAUCUUCUGUGUGCUUUUCUUCUCGGCCGUGUUCCUGAGAGGAUUGUUCUUCUUGAGCGCUUACUUGGAACAGAAGGUGUUCCACAACCUCACAAACGCCGUUUUGAUCCAGGAAUUGGACAACUGUGCAUGCGGUCCAGAAAAAGACGAAGAAGGCACAGGAAAUGGUGGAUCUGUGAGCGUCAGAUCUCUGGGAUUGGCCAAGAUCUUUAAAUUCACCUUCUUCCCAGGAUUCGGAGAACUGAAAAGAGACAUCAUUAGACUACUGAUCGCCUUCACAGCUACCAUGUUUGGCUAUGCGUUGAUGCUGGCGGCCAUGUCGUUUAUCCUGCUCUACUUUUUUGCGAUCUGUCUCGGCAUUGCGUUCGGAGAGGUGUUUUUCAACAGGCUCUCGAUCGUGCUGAAUAUCAACAAAAACAGCUCGCUGUGCGGUCAACUUCAUUAG